GAUCUCGUGAACAUUGGAUCACGAUAGGUGAUCGUUCGCAGUUGUGGCACGGUUUGCAAUUUUCUCUCCCGUUCUGUGUACCGUCCGUUUGCGCUGUUGUGCUAUUUUGCUUGGAUUUAAAGCAACUCUCAUCCCGCCACACAACCCCGGGAAACGUACAAAUUGAUGCUGGUUUUAUAGUGAAGCUGGUGAUUUGUGAUUCUGCUCCUUUGAUUCCGCUGUUGAGUAUCGUGAUCGACAGCAACAGUUGGCAAGUUGCGGAGCAUCGGUAGAAUAUCUUUAUUUCAUAAUGUGAGUCCUCCGCGCGUUGUGUAACAAAAUAUAAGCGUUGUGCGUGAAACCGUCCGAAAUAGUGCCAAGAGGUUUGCUAGUUCGCUCAGUGUGCAGCGUAUUCUGCACGACCGUACUUGCGUCUCGAUUAGUAGUGGUAGAAAGGGCGAGUGCGCCGUUGGAUGCAGUAUGGAAAACGGUACAAAAAUAUCCGAUCCAGCGAAAGUGUCACCGACGCAGCCGCCUGGUGAAAACGUACGAAAACCGAGUUCUCCGGGGGCGACACCGGCGGAAAAUGCUACUUCCCAACUUCCUGCGGGCGUAGAUGAUCCGUCGUCGGGAGAUGGCACCGGAGCCAACAAUCAACCGAAACGGCCGCUCAGGCGCCCGGGAAAAGUGAUACCUGAUCGUCCGCAGCGUGUAUUUUACUGCCUUACAUUGAAAAAUCCGCUGCGAAAGAUGUGUAUCAAAGUGGUAGAAUGGAAACCAUUUGAAUAUCUUAUCCUGUUAACGAUUUUCGCAAACUGUGUUGCAUUAGCAACGUACACUCCUUUUCCGAAUGGCGACUCAAAUGCAACUAAUGCGAUGUUGGAAAAAGUGGAGCACAUAUUUCUUAUCAUUUUCACGCUCGAGUGUGUGAUGAAGCUAAUUGCAUACGGAUUUGUCAUGCACCCUGGAGCAUAUCUUCGGAGUCGAUGGAAUAUGUUGGAUUUCACUAUUGUUCUAAUCGGGAUGAUAAGCACCACGUUAUCCAGUAUUAUGAAGGACGGUUUCGACGUUAAAGCCCUCAGAGCAUUCCGUGUGCUGCGUCCGCUGCGAUUAGUUUCCGGAGUACCAAGCUUGCAAGUUGUGCUUAAUUCCAUUCUACGGGCAAUGGUGCCAUUGUUGCACAUUGCUUUGCUGGUGUUGUUUGUAAUAAUCAUUUAUGCCAUCGUGGGUUUGGAGCUAUUUUCUGGAAAAAUGCACAAGACUUGCUUCCACAAUAUUACAGAGGACAUGAUGGAAGACCCAACACCGUGUGGCGAAGGCGGCUUCCAAUGUAGCUCUAUUGGAGUGCAUUGGAUUUGUCGCUACUAUUGGGAAGGACCCAAUGCCGGAAUAACGAAUUUUGAUAACUUCGGUCUGUCGAUGCUAACAGUGUUUCAGUGCAUCACAUUGGAAGGAUGGACGGAUAUGCUGUACUAUAUCGAGGAUGCGAUGGGAAGCAACUGGCAAUGGAUAUACUUUGUGUCGAUGGUGAUACUGGGUGCCUUUUUCGUCAUGAACCUCAUUCUCGGUGUGCUGAGCGGUGAGUUUUCGAAAGAACGUACCAAAGCAAAGAGCCGUGGUGAUUUUCAGAAACUUCGCGAGAAGCAAAGAAUCGAGGAAGAUCUGAAGGGCUACCUGGACUGGAUCACGCAGGCCGAGGAUAUCGACACGUAUCAGGAACCGCCAUCACCUGGAAAGAUGAUUUCCGAAGGAUUCAUGAAGGGAACGAAGACAAUGCUCGCCGGGUCCGGUACGACGGGCUUGGCAGGUGUGUCGACCGAUUCAACAGAAGGGCACGGUUGCGCUGAAUCUAACGUGGAUUAUGCACAACCGAACCCAGAGUCCUGGUGUAAUCGAUAUUUUCGAGCAUGGGAUCGCUUCAAUCGUAAGAUGCGCCGAUCGUGCCGCAAGGCAGUCAAGUCUCAAGCCUUUUACUGGCUUAUCAUUAUACUGGUGUUUUUGAACACGGGUGUGCUGGCCACCGAACACUACCAUCAACCACAGUGGCUGGAUGAUUUCCAAGAGUACACCAACAUGUUUUUUGUCGCACUGUUUUCACUGGAAAUGUUUCUCAAAAUGUACAGCCUAGGGCUGCAAGGAUAUUAUGUAUCGCUGUUCAAUCGCUUCGACUGUUUCGUUGUUAUUGGCAGUGUUAUCGAAGUUCUGCUGACCAACACGCAGCUGAUGCCACCGCUGGGCAUAUCCGUCCUGCGAUGUGUGCGAUUGUUACGCGUCUUCAAAGUGACCAAAUACUGGCAGUCUUUGUCGAACCUCGUCGCAUCAUUACUGAACUCUAUACAAUCAAUCGCAUCACUUUUACUGCUACUGUUUCUGUUUAUUGUAAUUUUUGCCCUGCUGGGCAUGCAAGUGUUUGGAGGACGCUUCAUCUUCAAUUCUAUGGAUAAUAAGCCUCGAUCUAAUUUCGACAGCUUCGUUCAAAGUCUGUUGACCGUUUUUCAGAUCCUCACCGGUGAAGACUGGAAUGCUGUAAUGUACGAUGGCAUCCAAGCAUAUGGAGGUGUAGCAUCAUUUGGAAUUCUGGCCAGCAUCUAUUUCAUCAUUCUUUUUAUCUGUGGUAACUAUAUCUUGCUAAACGUUUUCCUUGCCAUCGCGGUUGACAAUCUGGCCGAUGCCGAAUCGCUAACGGCGGUUGAGAAGGAAGACGAUCCGGAUACGGAGCUGGAUAUCCUGACCGACAAGUCGGACAACGAACUGGGCGACCGUGAAAACGAUAACGAGGAUGAAGAGGACCUAGACGAAACCGAGGAUGCCGAAGAGCCAGAAGAUGACGAUGCUCAGGGCUACGAUAAUGAGGAGUCGGGGCGAGCGUACGGAUCACGGUUUAAGAAAAUGGAGGAACCUAUCGUGGAAAAGAAUAGUAAAAAUGCAAAUGUCACGAAACCCACCAUCAGUACCAGCAACACUAAAACUGCAUCAGCAACGUUAGAAGAGACGAAAAAAACGCGCAUCAGUAGAGUAGUGAUUCAAGAUCACUGUGAAGCGAUUGAAAUUCCGAACGAUCGCAGUUCCGCUCACACAACAUACGCCAAACGAUUAUCGGAGGCCGUGGUAUCCAGCAGCCCCAUACCGAUAUCGGACGAAAAGUCACUCUUUCUAUUGAAGCCUACCAACAGAUUUCGACAGUUUUGCCACUGGCUGUGCAAUCAUACCGUGUUUGGUAACAUAAUUCUGCUGUGCAUCAUGCUUUCGUCUGUAAUGCUUGCUGCCGAGGAUCCGCUGAACGCCAAUUCGGAGCGAAAUCAAAUUUUGAAUCAGUUCGAUUUCUUCUUCACCGCCGUAUUUGCUAUCGAGCUCAUACUGAAGGUUAUCGCGUACGGAUUCAUCCUGCACAAGGGAGCCUUUUGCCGGUCGGCCUUCAAUUUGCUGGAUCUGUUAGUGGUCAGUGUUUCGCUGGUGUCGAUGCUGUUCAGCUCGGGAACAAUAUCCGUGGUGAAAAUUCUGAGAGUCUUGCGAGUGCUGCGGCCGUUGAGGGCUAUCAAUAGAGCGAAAGGAUUGAAGCAUGUUGUGCAAUGUGUGAUAGUGGCAGUAAAAACCAUCGGAAAUAUUGUACUGGUCACCUUUCUGUUGCAAUUCAUGUUUGCAGUAAUUGGGGUACAGCUGUUUAAGGGUAAAUUUUUUUCCUGCUCUGACCGCUCCAAAUACGAGGAAGCAGAGUGUCACGGAACGUAUCUCGUUUUCGAGGAUGGAAACGUAGAUAAACCGGUAUCGAAAGAACGAGAAUGGUCUAACAAUCGGUUUCACUUUGAUGAUGUCCAAAAAGCGAUGCUUACGCUCUUUACCGUAUCCACUUUCGAAGGAUGGCCGUCCCUCCUUUACGUGUCGAUUGACUCACACACGGAAAACUUUGGACCCAUCUACAACUAUCGGCCGCUGGUGGCGACGUACUACAUCAUAUACAUAAUUGUGAUUGCCUUUUUUAUGGUAAACAUCUUCGUCGGUUUUGUUAUAGUGACGUUUCAGAAUGAAGGCGAGCAAGAGUACAAAAACUGUGAUCUCGAUAAGAAUCAGCGCAAUUGCAUCGAGUUUGCUCUCAAGGCCAAACCCGUUCGACGGUACAUCCCGAACGACGAUCGGAUCCAGUACAAGGUUUGGUGGUUCGUUACGUCGCAGCUGUUCGAGUACACCAUCUUCAUACUGAUCAUGAUGAACACUAUUACACUGUCGAUGAAGUUUUACCGUCAGCCGCAGCCGUACACGGAAUGGUUAGAUUUUCUGAACCUGCUGUUCACGGCCGUCUUUGCGCUCGAGUUUGUGUUCAAACUUGCCGCAUUUAGAUUUCAGAACUACUUCGGAGACGCUUGGAAUGUGUUUGAUUUCAUCAUCGUGUUGGGAAGCUUCAUCGAUAUUGUUUACUCGGAAGUUACGACCAGCAGUGGAACAAAGGGAGCAUCGACCAUCAUAUCGAUCAAUUUCUUCCGCUUGUUCCGUGUUAUGCGGCUCAUUAAGCUACUAGCACGCGGAGAAGGCAUACGCACGCUUCUGUGGACAUUUAUAAAAUCAUUUCAAGCUCUACCGUAUGUGGCACUGCUGAUAGUGAUGCUCUUCUUCAUUUAUGCCGUUAUAGGAAUGCAAGUUUUUGGCCGUAUUGCAUUGGACGACGAAACAGCAAUACACAGGAAUAAUAAUUUCCAAACUUUUCCGCAGGCCAUUUUGGUUUUGUUUAGAUCAGCUACCGGUGAAGCCUGGCAAGACAUAAUGCUCGACUGCUCCGCUCGUGAAGAGGUACGCUGCGAUGAAAAUUCCGAGGACAAAGAGUCUAAGGAGGGCUGUGGCUCCAAUUUUGCCUUCCCAUACUUCAUCUCGUUCUACGUGCUGUGCUCCUUCCUCAUCAUCAAUCUGUUCGUGGCCGUCAUCAUGGACAACUUCGACUAUCUUACGCGCGAUUGGUCCAUCCUGGGACCACACCAUCUGGACGAAUUUGUGCGGCUGUGGAGCGAGUACGAUCCCGAUGCGAAGGGCCGCAUCAAGCAUCUGGACGUGGUGACGCUGUUGCGCAAAAUAUCGCCACCGCUCGGGUUCGGUAAGCUGUGUCCGCAUCGGGUGGCCUGCAAACGGCUGGUCUCGAUGAACAUGCCACUCAACAGUGACGGGACGGUGCUGUUCAAUGCGACACUGUUUGCGGUGGUGCGCACCUCGUUGAAAAUCAAAACCGAAGGCAACAUCGACGAAGCUAAUCUGGAGCUAAGACACAUUAUCAAACAGAUUUGGAAGCGAACUAGCAACAAACUGCUUGAUCAAGUCGUGCCACCGCCCGGGAUAGAGGACGAAGUGACUGUGGGAAAGUUUUACGCUACCUAUUUGAUACAGGAUUACUUCAGACGGUUCAAGAAGCGGAAAAACUAUGAUCGUAACUCUGAAACCACUUCCCAUAUGACCUUGUUGGCGGGUUUGCGGAUACUUCACAAAACUGGACCAAAAAUAAGGCGAAAAAUAUCCGGUACGCUGCACGAGGGUGCGUCUUCAAUCAAUCCAGAACCGGCGCAUCGGCGCAACCAUAAACUGUUCGGGAUUACCUGGCCUACAACGUACUCGUUUAAGAAGCGCUAUUUUACGAAUGACGCUACAGUAAGCCCAGUGCAAACAGCGCGUCCGCCGGCUCGACCGCAACGAAAGUAUGCAACGCUGAACAAAGGCAUACGAGAUGUCAAUAAAACCCUGAUGUAUGGUUUCCGCAUGAUGCAUGAUCACGAUCAGCUGAAUGAAAUAUUUACCAGCGAUAACGAUAAUGGAGCAAACGAUGGCGACGGACCGUUGAAGCCAUUGUGCUUUGGAGAAAUAUAUUCGACGCAGACUAGUCGUGUGGUAAAUGCGGCCGAAAACGAAACAUAGGCUUACCGUUGUGAGACAACCUUACUGACUACACUAACGUACUGUUUUUGGAAUGUUUGCUGCGUUUAUUGAGAGUGUUACGAAAGUUGAAAUAAACCCCUAAAACGGCACAACUUA